CCUACCAACUGCGCACGCGCACGACUGCGCGGCUAUAAAUUGCAGUACUCCGGCAUGCUCGGCCAUUUUUCUCCCGUUCAUCUUAAAGGAAGGUCGUUAUUCUGCUCACGGCAAGAGAUAACGAUCUCGCAGCAUGGUUAAUGGAAGGAUUCCGUCGGUCUUCUCCAAGACCUACGUCACUCCCAGACGGCCGUACGAGAAGGCACGUCUCGAUCAGGAGUUACGUAUCAUCGGUGAAUACGGUCUCCGCAACAAACGCGAAGUAUGGAGGGUGAAGUACACCCUGGCCAAGAUCCGCAAGGCCGCUCGUGAGUUGCUCACGUUGGAAGAGAAGGAUCCCAAGCGUCUCUUUGAAGGAAACGCCCUACUGCGUCGUCUUGUGAGGAUUGGUGUGCUCAACGAGGCCCACAUGAAGCUCGAUUACGUGUUGGGUCUAAAGAUCGAGGAUUUCUUGGAGCGACGUCUCCAAACUCAAGUAUUCAAGCUGGGUCUGGCCAAGUCGAUCCAUCAUGCCCGCGUGCUGAUUCGCCAACGGCACAUUCGAGUGCGCAAACAGGUGGUGAACAUUCCGUCGUUUAUCGUGCGAUUGGACUCGCAGAAGCACAUUGACUUCUCGCUCAAAUCGCCGUUCGGCGGUGGCAGACCUGGUCGCGUCAAGAGGAAGAACCUGAGGAAGGGCAGCGGUGGCGCUGCGCCAGAAGAAGAGGAGGAUUAAGCUGAUUGUUGUUGUCGCGGUUUAUUGUCUGAAUAAAUGCGCGAUUUAGAAUAAAUUGAUUUUUCUAUCGUU